GUCGUAUAUUUAUACUUGAGAAGCUCCAACCUCGUCUCAUUCCCAUUCAACAAACACAUUCCACAGAGAAAGAAAGACCGUGUUCGAAUUACCGGAUACGAUGUCGAUCCGGGGCAAGGACGUGUUCUCGGGGAUAACCCUUCUUUUGUUUGGGUUCCUGGCGUGUUUUACUUCAUCUGAAGCUGCCAUAAAGAAGUACCAAUUCGACAUUCAAGUGAAGAAUGUGAGCAGAUUGUGCCAUGCCAAGCCAAUUGUGACAGUGAAUGGCAUGUACCCAGGCCCAACCGUAUAUGUCAGGGAAGGGGACAGUGUCCUUGUUAAUGUGACUAAUCAUGCACAAUACAACAUGUCAAUUCACUGGCAUGGAUUGAAGCAGUAUCGCAACGGCUGGGCCGAUGGACCGGCUUAUAUAACGCAAUGCCCUAUUCAAACCGGGAACAGCUACACCUACAACUUCAACGUGACAGGACAGAGGGGGACAUUGUGGUGGCACGCGCACAUUCUCUGGUUGAGGGCCACUGUAUACGGCGCAAUUGUGAUUAUGCCAAAGCAAGGCACGCCAUUCCCAUUCCCGCAGCCAUACAGAGAGCAAACCAUUCUGCUAGGAGAAUGGUGGAACUCAGAUGUUGAAGCGGUUGAGAAGCAAGGAAACCAAUUGGGUUUGCCGCCAAACAUGUCGGAUGCUCACACGAUCAACGGAAAACCGGGGCCUCUCUUCCCAUGUUCUGAGAAGCAUACAUUCGUGAUGGAGGUCGAGCUGGGGAAGACCUAUCUGCUGAGGAUCAUCAAUGCUGCCCUCAAUGACGAGCUCUUCCUCGCGAUCGCGGGCCACAGCAUGACGGUGGUCGAGGUGGACGCAGUCUACACGAAGCCGUUCACCACGGAGUCCAUCCUUAUUGCCCCUGGCCAGACCACCAACGUCCUGGUUCAAGCCAACCGAGUGCCGGGCAGGUACUUCAUGGCCACAAGGACGUUCAUAGAUGCGCCGAUCCCGGUGGACAACAAGACCGCCACUGCGAUACUGCAAUACAAAGGUAUUCCCAACACGGUCAUGCCCGCCCUCCCCCAGUUGCCUGCGCCAAACGACUCCGUCUUCGCCCUGAGCUACAAUCAGAAGCUUAGGAGUCUGAACUCACUGCAGUUCCCGGCCAAUGUCCCUCUGAAGGUUGAUCGCAACCUGUUCUACACGAUCGGGCUAGGCAUGAACUCGUGCCCCACGUGCGUCAACGGGACGCGUCUCCUCGCUUCCCUGAACAACAUCUCCUUCGUGAUGCCCCAGGUCGGGCUCCUCCAAGCCCAUUACUUUGACAUGAAAGGCGUAUUCACCACUGAUUUCCCGGACCAGCCCCCGUCUCCAUUCAACUACACCGGCGCGCCUCUCACAGCCAACCUCAGGACCUCAGCCUCACGGGGCACCCGGGUCAGCAAGAUCGCCUUCAACUCCACCGUCGAGCUCGUCCUGCAGGACACGAACCUCUUGACCGUCGAGUCCCAUCCGUUCCAUCUCCAUGGGUAUAACUUCUUCGUGGUCGGGACUGGCAUCGGGAACUUCGACCCAGCCAAAGACCGCAUCAAGUACAACCUGGUUGACCCGAUGGAGAGGAACACGGUAGGAGUCCCGACCGGCGGUUGGACCACCAUCCGAUUCAGAGCCGACAAUCCCGGGGUUUGGUUUAUGCAUUGUCAUCUGGAGCUUCACACCGGUUGGGGACUGAAAACUGCUUUCGUGGUGGAAGAUGGACCAGGAUCUGAUCAAACUGUUUUGCCUCCACCCAGUGAUCUUCCCCCAUGUUAAAAGCAAAGUUUUUUUUUAAUCCUGUGGAUUCAUGUUGGUAUCUUUGCGUUCCAUUAGUUCCUGCCAAGAAGCUGCAGGAGAUUUGAUUUGUUUUGAGAACAGAUGAUGUUCGAGAAGAAAUGGUGACACAACUUGUAAUUGAAUUGUUUGAUAUCGCGAUGCAAUAAAAGCUCCAGUAAUUGUAUAUUA